AUGGCUAAAAAAAGCAUGAUUCAAAGAGAGAAAAAAAGACAAGCACUUGUAAAAAAAUAUCAAACAGAAAGAAAAAAUAUCAAAAAUUCUAUAAAACUAUCUUCUAAUUUUAUAGAAAAAAUAGAAUUACAAAAAAAACUACAAAAAUUGCCUAGAAAUAGUGCAAAGUGUAGAUUACGCAAUAGAUGCUGGAUGACAGGUAGAAGUAGAGGUGUAUAUAGUGAUUUUGGACUAUCAAGACAUGUAUUCAGAGAAAUGUCUCAUGAAUGUUUAUUGCCAGGUAUAACAAAAUCAAGCUGGUAA